AUGAACAGCGAUGCUGAACUUGCAUCAGAAUUAGCCUCAAAAAUUGAAAAAAUGAACACCCAAUUGGCUCAAAGGGAGGAAGCCAUCAAGAGAAGUAGUGAAAUUUUGUUCCAAGAGAUGUGUAAGCACUUGGAGAUGCAAGAAAGUGAGGUGAUGAAGAAGUGGAAGAUUAUGAGUGAAGAUGAUAAGUUGGGGUUGGUUAAAGAGUUUGUGUUUGAAUGGGGUGGUGAUUUUCAGCCAUUGUCUGCGAAAUCGGUUAUCGAAAUGGUGGAGGUGUACUUGAGUGAAGAUGGUGAUUAUGAGGAUAGUGAUGUAUUUGAUAGUGAUGAUGAUGAUAGUUCUCCGAUGUUCGGUGGUUUGUUGAAUUUCUUUGGCAUAGUAAAACGAAUUCCUGCAGUUUUACCAUAUGAUGAGAAGUGA